ACUCUUCGUCGUGCAUUGCGUAUUGCUCGUACGCAAAUAGCGUACGUGGGGACGUUGACAACACAGGACGUGACGUAAAAUGGAGCAGGAUGGUAUCCAGAAUUCCUCCUCUACGCCAAAAGCACAGUUGUUGCCAUUCAAUCAUAUAUGCCAAGCCUGCAUGGGAUUAAUAUCAAACUAAGAGGUAAAUAUGCUUUGUGUUUUUCUGUAUUUUGCAUUUUCGUAUCAGCAAAAGUGGGAUAGCGCUGAAUGGUAAGCGGAAGUGGGAGUUUUGGAGCAGGAGCAGUGGGGUCUGUUCGUUUCAGGAGCGACCGCAGUACUUUGGAAUAACCAUACUAGAAGAUUGUAAACGAAAUCUUUUCGCUUGACAUUGUGUCCGUGUCCUGACCAACAUUAAACGUGCAAAUUAAUCUUGAAUGACGUGCAUGACCCAAGCACACAACGAUGGUGACACAUACAAAUCCUUCAUAAUCCGUAUCUGUCUUUGUUGUUUGGAUUCAGCGUGGGAGUGAUGGUACAUUGUAACUGCUGGCUCACUGUUGGCCACUACAUUGCAUAAUACAAUCAUAGGAAAUAUACUGACCCAUUUACCCAAAACAUUUCUGCUUUAAACAGUUGAAGUUAGCAGCACAAUGAUCAAUCAAGCCUGCAUAAUGUAUAUCACUGUCACACGUGUCAAUCUUCUUCUCUACAUGUACUUUCAAUGCGUGUUUCAGGCUCAGUGUGCACACUGGAUGAGAACAUAAAGCCCAAACAUGGUGAGGCUGGAGCUGGACCAGGUGGUGAUGAGGAGGAUGAAGGAGGAUGACAUAGAGGCAGUCAAAGCCCUCAUCAAGGUUUGUACAGUAAAUAGGUCAAGAUUCUGACUCCUGUCUCAUUUGAAUCUGCUUUUAUAAACUUAACUAACUAUUGGCUGUCAAUAAUGUUUCUUCAGGAGGGCUGUGAGGGCACAGAGAACCGACUCAUCCUCCACAUCCUCACUCGUCCACUCUGCCUCUUCAUCCUGGCUGUUUUCUCCUCAGUCUUGCGCUGCCUUAUCCAUUCUUUCAUCCUGGCACUUGCUAUCCCUGUCUUCCUGCUGAUUAUCUAUCUCAAGAUCACCAUGCCACGGUCCUCAGGGGUUCUGGGCAGUAGCCUCCCUUAUUGGGACUAUGUGGGUAGUAGCUACAGAGGGACACAAGAUGAGACACUGCCAAAUCCUUAUGGUAGAAUAAGUGGCAAGACACCAGUAACUAAAAAAGUAAGUCUACUUUUAAGUGAGAAAUGACAAGCCUUUAAAACUUGAUAAUAGCAACUGAAUGUUGCAGCUGUAAACUUUUUUUCUUGUUUCUCAGCCACGACGCAGAAUCGGACUCAAAGACAAAGAUGCAUCAGCGGAGAAGAUCGACCCAGAUAGGGAGCAGGCAGCAGGACAGGUCUGGGUAGCAGACUGUGAGGGUGAAAUAGUUGGAUGCAUCUUCCGGGAAAGUGAGGAACAAAAAUACAUCAGGAGGAUCUGCAGGUUGGUGACAGGCUGCUGGUACCGGAGGGAGGGCCUGGCCAGGCUGCUUGUCCAGAGUCUGGAGCAGAGAGAGAGAGAGACUGGCACACACCGAGUUUAUGCACAUGUCCCCUAUCCUUCAAAGGUGGCAGAGGCCUUCUUCAGAAAGCUGGGCUAUGUACAGCUUGGUGAGGAGCCUGAUGAAGAAGAUAGUCAUGAGGGGAAGCUGGAGACACCAGAGAGAGGCUUUAUUGGAUACCCACUCACCAAGGUGUUCUACAAAGACCUGUGAUUGGUUAGUGAUGGACUCAUGGAGAGAAAGGAGCAGAGGAAUGUUUUAAAGAAAAGAAGACAAGCUGUGAAUCUCUGCUUAAAGUAUCACUGCGACAUGCUGGGAUUUUUGUUUGAAACAGUUAUUUAUUGAACUUUUUUGUUAUUUAUACUGCUAUUUAUAUACAGUUGUUUUUGUGUUGCAGUGUGUUUAAGCUAUAUUGUCUAUCUUUGUGUCAAAGAGGUACCAUUUCCCCCUUAUUUUAUGUAUUAUUUAAAGUUUUCAAAGUCACAUCAUAAAGCCUCACCAUCAUGCUUCUCUCCUAUCUUUUGUAACUCAUUAAAAUAUUUAUGUUUAAAGGUUUUUAUUUCUAAGUAUGUGUCUGUAUGCUUCUAUUCUCAUAUAAUCAACCACAGUAUAAGGUAUGUGAGUGUGUAAGUAUGUGUUGGUGAAUGUGCAACAGACCAACUCGACAAUGUGUAGGGGGAUGUACAGUUACUGUAUAGGAAGUGUGUGUGGUUUAUGCGUAUCUGCAGAAACUUUUCACUUUUAUCUCUCUGUGCACCUUGGGUGCGAUUGCUGCAAGUGACAGUAUGGAAUCAUGAGUCUGCAGAAACAUCUCUACCUUACUUUGCUUUGAUUUUCUUAUCCUUUCAUUUCAUUUUUUUAAAAUUGUUUUUCUUAAAUGAACAAUGGGAAUAUCAAACUGCGCAUUGUAUUUUGGCUCACUAUGGUCUUUGUUGAUUUAACUAUUUUUACCAUGCAUUUUUUGCAAUCCUUUGCAGUUUAAUAAGUUAUCAACCAGAAAUCAAUCAAUGACAAUUUGAUCUUAAGCCACUAUGAAGGUGUUAAUGUUUUUUAUUGUGUCAAAGGAAGACACAUACUGAAGCUAGAAUCUGUCAGUGUCAGAGUUUUCAUACUAUUACCUAAAAAAACUUAUAAAACUAAACUUAGGAUAUUACAUUUAUCUUUGAAAACAGCUUCUUUUACUUUCUUAAUAAAAAAAUGGGUUACUUUACAUUGACAGUAUCCUGGUUGCAGUUCAAAAAUACUGAAUUAAAAGAGCAAUCUGAAUUUAAAACUUAAAUCUACUUGGUCUUUAAUUUGUCCUUCAAAAAUGAUCUUCAGUGAAACUUAAAUACAUUCGAUAUGCAUAGGUAUUCUGACUCAACUUUGUGUGGUUUGCAGGUGAAUGUCAGUUUAUGUGACUAAGCACACUGCCUCAGUCUGAGGCUAACCUUAUUAUGGUUAGCAGCCCUCACGCUUGCAUUGCGCAUCUACCCCCUGCUAACCUCAGACAGUGUCAGUAUAGCCAGCCACAGUUUAACACCACAGGAUGUUUGUACAAUGUGAAUGUGUGUGGGAAAGAAGCAUAUCUCACCUGAUCCUAAGACAAAUAAAGGCCUACACUGUACUGCAAACUCGUAAUCAUGUGAGCUGUAGUGGAAAAUCACUGUCCUUUAAUUAACUAUGACGAAAAAGCCGAGACAUCCAGUAAGCAAACAGUGUUGUAACAUGCACGAGUGAGUGUGUGGUCAAGCCAUUUUCACCUUGUGAAAACUGUAUUUGUCCUUGUGACACUUCUUGGUCAUCAAGCUUUUUCUUCAUGACUAUUAAAGACCAGACACCUGUUAGCUGGGCCUCUACCCGA